AUGGAUCAGGAUUGGGUUCUAGUGAAGGCUUUAGGCGAAGGUUCUUGUGGCUUAGUUUGCUUAGCAAAACAAAUCACUAAAGAAGAAUCUGAUCUUCAUUAUUAUUUUGCUGUCAAGCGUGCUUCUCUUCGAUAUAAUUCUUCUUCAUUGUUGUGGGAAGAACAUGUCUUGAAACAUUUCACGGAUUGUCCAGAAAUUGUUCAAUAUCUAGGAAGUGAGGUAACUGGAGGAGGAGAUUUUCUUGAUGAUAAGGAACUUUACAAUUUGAAGCUAGAGUAUGCUGCUGGAGGGACAUUAGCUGAUUUGAUCAAACAAAGAAAUAAGUUACCUGAGGAUGAGGUGAAGAAGUAUCUUCAAAUGAUUCUUAAAGGCCUUUCAUGUAUUCAUCGUAAAGGAUUUGUUCAUGUCGAUCUGAAGCCUGAUAAUAUUCUUGCCUUUCCUCAAAGUGAUGGAAAGAUGAAAUUGAAAAUUGCUGACUUUGGACUUGCUGAGAGAUCAUGUAAACGUGGGGAGGAUGAUCAAGAAGACAGAGGGAGCAAGUACUACUCUGGCGCGUUGAAGGUUAGAGCAACACAUAGAUACAUGUCACCUGAAUCCAUCGUUUUCAGUGAGAUCAAUGGUUUGCAUGACAUUUGGUCGUUGGGUUGCACUUUGGUUCAAAUGGUUUCUGGAGAGCGAGUGUGGAAUGAUUGCAAAAGUUAUGAAGAAUUAAUAACAAAACUUUUGAUUAGCGAAGAAAUACCAACAAUACCUGAGGAAUUAUCCAAACAAGGUAAAGAUUUUCUUGAAAAAUGUUUUGUUCGAAACUAUGAACAACGGUGGACAGCUGAUAUGCUACUCCAACAUCCCUACCUCAAUGAAGAAAAUAAAGAUACGAAGAACGGUGAUGAGAAGCUUAAACUUCCAAAGGCCAUAGUUUUUUUGCCUCAUCAAUUCUUUCAGAGCAAGACUGAUAUGCUACUCCAACAGACGAAGAACGGUGAUGAGAAGCUUAAACCUUCAAAAGCCAUUUUUUUGCCUCAUCAAUUCUUCAAGAGCAAGGCUCAAUCUUGUAAUAAUUAGUAGAUUUUGUAAUCUUGAAGUUUAAUUAAAGCAAUUAACUAUGCAUUCCAUUGUUUAUGAUUAUUGAUAAAUGGCAAAUUAUUUAA